GUGUGUGUGUCCGCAUCGCCGCGGCCGCUCGACCGGCAGAGAGGCGAGUGUUCAGUGAGCGGUGACCCGGAGCCGCGGCUCCCAGCUGGAGUGGAGGUGGCACUGGAGUCCGGGAGAAGUGAGCGCGGCAACGGCGAGUCGUCCUGGCAGCUCAGCCCUGGGAGCGGCAGCUCAGCCCUGGGAGCGGGCGGAGAGAUCUCAGCAUGGAGUCAGAAUUUAAAAAACCUCCCUUGGCACCAAAACCCAGGCUUCAGAAUUUGCAACCCCUGCCGGCUGUUCCAAAGCCAUCUCCACUGGUUUUCCAAUCUGCUCCUAAGGGCAUGAAGCCGCCGAUUGCUCCCAAACCCAACCUGUGCAACGAAAUGCCAGAGGCACCACUGACUUCACGGAAGGGAACUUUCAGCAGGUACUCAAACGACAGUGUUUCAGUAACCAACCAGUUCCUGGUUCUGCAAGUUGAGGACUUCACCUCUGCUGCUGUGGAUCAGACAGUAGGUGAAGCAGCCGAUGUACAAGUAGACUUGUCCUUGGAGAGUCGUACUCUGGAAAGAGAGACUGCACAAUGCCAGGAGAAUGGGGCUCCAAUGGGGGAUGAAUAUAUGGACCUAAUGGAUUCUCGAGGUGACGCAACAGCAGAGGACAGGGUUUUACCGAGUGCAGAGACUUUUGGCUUGAGCAGUGGAACACCCAAAGCGGACUCGCUAACUUUCAAACAGCAGGUGAUUGUUCGAGAUGCACUUUGCCACGAGCAAGGUGAUGGCCUGAGCUGGAAUGAUGAGCUUCCAAAUGACGGCAGCGGAGAAAACAGGGACAGUACAGAAGAGGGCUUUGUCCAGGAUCCCACCGAAACUGCACACAUGUGGAGCCCUGAAGGAGGCAGUGAACACAUUCAAUUGUUAACCCGUCCAGCGCAUGCCCGUACGGAUGUGCAACUAAGUGAGCAGGGGGAUGGGCAGGGGUGUGAGCAGGGGGAUGGGCAGGGGGAUGGGCGGGGGGAUGGGCAAUUAGAUGAGCAGGGGGAUGGGCGGGGGGAUGGGCAAUUAGAUGAGCAGGGGGAUGAGCAGGGGUGUGAGCAGGGUCAUGACCAGGGGGAUGGGCAGGGGUGUAAGCAGGGGGAUGGGCAGGGGUGUGAGCAAUUAGAUGGGCAGGGGGAUGGGCAGGGGUGUGAGCAAUUAGAUGAGCAGGGGGAUGGGCAGGGGGAUGGGCAGGGGUGUGAGCAAUUAGAUGAGCAGGAGGGUGUGCAGGGGGAUGGGCAGGGGUGUGAGCAGGGGGAUGGGCAGGGGGAUGGGCAGGGGGAUGGGCAGGGGUGUGAGCAAUUAGAUGAGCAGGGGGAUGGGCAGGGGGAUGGGCAGGGGUGUGAGCAGGGGGAUGGGCAGGGGGAUGAGCAGGGGUGUGAGCAGGGGGAUGGGCAGGGGUGUGAGCAAUUAGAUGGGCAGGGGGAUGGGCAGGGGGAUGGGCAGGGGUGUGAGCAAUUAGAUGAGCAGGGGGAUGGGCAGGGGGAUGGGCAAUUAGAUGAGCAGGGGGAUGGGCAGGGGUUUGGGCAGGGGGAUGGGCAGGGGGAGGGAGCAGAUGGGGAGGUGGAAGGAGUAGGGCAGGUGGAAGGGGAAGGUGGGCAAAGGGAAGGGAUGGAAGGGCAGGGGGAGGGAGCAGACAGACUCCAAGAUUGGCAUGGAGCAGACUGCUCCAUAGACGAGCAGGAGGAGGAAGAAGACAGACCUCCAGACAGACUGGCGGAGGCAACAGACGGACAGGAUGAGGGAACUAAUGGGCAAGAGAUGACAGACAGCCCUGCAGAGGUGCAGGAUGAGUGGGAAGACCAGCAGGAGAAGGAGGCAGCCGGGCAUGAAGAAGCAACAAACUGCCCUGAAGGCGAACAUGGAGAUGGGGCAGGUGAGCAGGAGCAGGGCACAGAUGAGCAGGGGCAAGGGACAGACAGACAGGAGAAGGCGGACAGCCCUACAGACAAAACCAAUGGGCUUGUACUUGAAACUUUGUCACCACAGGUCACUACAUCUGUGAGAUCAGAUGUCCAUGAGGUGGGGGAAUGUGGGCUGGAAAGGGAAGAGCAGGGGCUGGAGGAGGGAGGAGAGGGGCUGGAGGGGGAAGGGGGCAUCUUUGAAGGGAGAGGAGAAGGGAUAGAGGGGGGAGGGCUGGAGGAGACAGGAGAUGGGGGUGGAAGUGUGGACAUCAGGGUGCGCUGGGGAAAGGCAGGGAGCCCCCAACACGGCCCUGACGGAGGAGUGUUCCGCCGCAGCCAGCUGUGUGAUGGGGGUUCCCGUACAGGUACAGGGGGGUGGCCCCACAGGCGGGGGGCUGGGAGCUCGGCACAGGGGAACGUGGCGCUGAAGCCAGACCCAGAUAAAGCCGGGACUGUGGAAUGGAGAAAAGCCAGGAGCAGGACACAGUCCCUGAGCGCCCAGGUGCCCGAGACAGUCCCUGAGGAGACCGAUCCCGCACCCGGAGAGGACUACAGCCCGGUGCAAGUGCACGACUCACAGGAUAACACUGGCGUGUUUGCUGCCAACGAGAAGUACUAUGUGUUCUAUCCUCGCUCCUACUCCGUGGCGGGCAGGGAGCUUCCUGUUUGUGCUCACAGGGAAACUGCAGGGUCACUUCUAGAGGAGAGCCGAAUGAACAGGAAGGAAGACAACCCGUCUCUACCGAGCGUUGCUGCGACUAACCAGAGCCAUGUCCCGUGUCCAGGAGCCUCCACCCCCAGCUCAGUGCUGGACAUACCCGCUCCUUUUCAACUGGCCAGUAUCACCAAGAAACCCAUCACCAAAAGUUCCCCCUCGCUUCUGCUUGAAUCGGAUUCUCCCGACAAACACUUAAAACAGAACGCAAAGAAAAAGUCGUCUUUCAAGCGCUUCCUCCCAAUUAAACUGUCCCUCAAGAAGAAAGUGGACAACCGGAUCACAGUUGAGGUGAACGUGUGCAGGGUUGGCCCUUGCCCGGUCCCGGAGGCAGUCAGAGCCCUGGAUUUUGACAGGAGGAGUUUGGGCAACUCGCCGCGGUUAAAAACUCGCUCGGGAAAGAUGCGCAAAUCGGAUUCUGCGUCCACUUUUUUUUACAAGGACAGCAGAGCCAAGGGGAUGCCAAAGCAUUUCAGCAGGAGCGUGUCCAGAGUUGAAUCGUUUGAGGACAGGUCCCGGCACUCAUAUUCAUCACUUCCUCUGACCAAACCCAGGUCCAUUUCCUUUCCCAACACAGACUCCGCUGAUUACGAGAACAUUCCAGCUGUGAGCUCAGACUAUGAAAAUAUACAAAUCCCUCCCAGCAGAAUGGUUCAUUCGGGGCCCGUGGCCGAAUUCUUUGAAGAUCCCGGUAGGCAUUUCUCAUCGGCCUGCGAAAAUGAUGGUUAUGUGGACAUGAGCUGCUUUACUCCAUUGGAGAGCAGGCUGAGGAUAGACCAGGAACUGGCGAGUGUGGACAGUGAUGUUCCAGCAGUGCAUCAUCCAAUUGAAGAGAUGGUCUCCAGUGAGCAGACAGGCUCAGAGUCGGAGGAGCAAACGACACAGAUUAACACAGAAACGGAAGCAUAUCGUAUUGCAAAAAUGAUGACCACUUCAGAGAGAGUGUUUGUCAAUUUCCUUGAGGAACUACACUCAAACUUCAGAAAAGUGGUGGCGAGGAUUGUUGCUGGAAACACACAGCCCGCAGUCGACCAGGAAGGAGUGACUCGCAUCCUACGCCAUGUCAACGAGUUGCGCACACUUCACCAGGGAAUACUGCGAGAUUUGGAGUGGAGCACCCUGGAAUGGACCCGGACUGGCCCGAGUCUGGGCCAGGCGAUGUCUGUGUCUGGAGCUCGACUCCCCACCUACUUCAGGUACAUCGACCAGUUCGACAGCAGCGUUGCCAUCCUGGACCAGUGCUACUGCGAGUUACCUGGAUUCUCCUCGGCUCCACACCUGUCCCAGGUGCCUGCCUCGGACUGUGCCCUCGUGAAGCAACAGCUCUUCGGGACCCUGCGACAGGUGCUUCAGUACCACCAGCAUUUGACAGAAUAUUUAAGGUGUGUGUGUCCUGAUACUGCUGAGUAUGAAGAUACGCAAGAUGUAAUGGCAACUGUGGCGGAAAUCAGUGAGCAGAUCAGGCUUCGAGUGAAACAUGGGGAAAGCCUCCAGGAUCUGGUGGAUGUUGAGCACCGGCUGCUGGGCCCCCAGCAAGUGUUCCAGCCCGGCAGGGUGCUUCUCAAAGAAGGUCCCUUGCUGAGACUGGUUGACGGAACACUACAGCCUCGAUAUUGCUUCUUGCUAAGCGAUAUCUUCUUGUAUACAGCGCCCAAACAUUGCGGCAAGUGUCAGCUGCGUAAAGCCCUGCCACUGGAAACAGUGAAGGUGGGCAAGUUGCUGGUGGACUCUGCGGAGGAGGCGCUGAGGAUCCAGAGUGUUCACGGCUCCCUGACUCUUUGUGCCAGCUCCUCUCAGGACCGUGAUGACUGGGUGAGUGCUGUCCGUGACGCAGUAGAGGACCUGAGGAGCAUGCAGCAUGUCCAGAUGUCGCCAGAGGGGCUGGAGGUGAACAGCGGCCUCGGGACCAUAGCACCCAUGCCUGUCCCCACCUUCCGUGCGAUGGCAUGCAUGGUAUGCAUGUCUGACUUAUUCCUCCCCUGGAGGCGGCUGCAUUGCGAUGCGUGUGGGAAGGUCGUUUGUCGAGCAUGCUGUCGAAACAAGCAUUCAUUUGGUCACCUCAGAGGCAGGGCCAGCCGGGUCUGUGACCAGUGCCACAAGGAGCUGAAGAAGACAGGCUCCCGAAGGGAGGAGACCGAUCAGCCAUCCCCCACCCACUCCCCUGCCAGGCGUCUCUCCUCUGUGUUCAACAUUCUCCAUGUUCCACACACUCGUGGACAGAGGAACAAGCAACUGGCUCGGCCGCAGACAGCCGUCUUCAGUGAAGGGGUUUCAAUGAGCGGCAGCCUGCAGAGACGGAAGGCCAGCAGACGACAUUGGAAGAAGCUUUGGUUUGUCAUUCACCAGAAAGUGCUCUACACAUACAGAAACCGUGAGGACAACAUUGCAGCAGAGAGUCUGCCUCUCCUGGGCUUCACCGUUAAGCAGUGUAAGGUAGACGAGCUCCCUGGAUUCAGUGCCCAGUUCCAGCUCCACCACAAGAACAGCCUCUACUACUCCUUCAAAGCAGAGGAUGCCAGCACAGCACAGAGGUGGAUUGAAGCCAUGCUUGGAGCGUCUGUGUUGUAGCAGUAAUGGCACCUGCUCACAGUGAGAUGGUCCCACUUUGUGUGAUCCUUCAGCGACUGUGCAGUGGCACCACCAUCAUCCACCAACGUGCUGGAGUUUCCGUGCAGCUCGGGACAAUUCUUCACCUCACCUUUGAGAAUCUUUGGAAUUGUUUACAGCUCAGCCUUCCACAGAAUUUGCCAACUUCCGUACAGUUAUAAGACGAUGUUGCUUUUCUGAUAGAAUAGCGGUGUAAAGUCUAUGCAGCACACUGUACACAGAACCCCUUGCAGCCCUCUUACUGGAAUGAGUUCCUCAUGGUCUCAUUUAAAUCUCUCUCUGGCAAUCUGAAUAGUCCCGAAUAUCUGACCUCAGAAAAGAGACCAAAGGCUCAGAAUAGAUGAGAGAUCCAGCAUCAUUCAUGCUUAAAGUUGGAGCAUAUUGAGGGUCAAACUGGAACUGUUGUUUUUUUUUAAUCAUUGUCAAUUGGUAGCAGAAUGGAUGUUCAGAAGCAAUAGACUCAGCUGCAUGCAUGAUUGCAACUGCAUGGGCCUUUGAUCCAAUGCCAUGGCAACACAGCCUGAUUUUCCUUUUCUGCUUUCUAGUGAAAUGUAGAGCUGAGAAUUUCUGAGACAAAUAUGGCCUAAUGGAAAUAUUUGUGUGAAUUGUGAGAUCUGAUAUUUACCCCAGCUAACAUCAGACCUGGUGAAUUGGAGACACAAGUGACUGCAGAAGCUGGACUCUGAAGCAAAAAACUAACUGCUGGAGGAACUCAGUGGGUCAGGCUGCAUUAGUGAAGAGCAAUGCACAGGUGGUGCUUCAGGUCAGGAACCUUCUUCAGCCAGUUUAGGUUCACAGCCAGUGCCACAGUUUGGUGGGAUGGGUGUGGAUAUGGUCAUGGGAUUGGAGGUCCUUUGAGUGGGUGCACAUCUCUUUUUGACGUAGGGAUGGGAGGUGAGAGGGCUCCACCGGGGAGAAUUCCAGGCACAAGGAAACUGAACGAAUCUGCAGGAAGUACCCGUGUUUGUGAACAAGCUGUGCUUCUCUUUCUCAUGAUCUGCAAUUGAACGCAAUGCUAGAGUUCCUGGAAAUAAAGUGAAUGUCGCAGAAGACAACUGAUUAUGCAGGGGGAAGAGUUGGAAUGCAAACCAUGUGCUGAGGGUGCCGAGUAAGAAGACAUGUGGAUAAUAAUCUGUUUUAUUCAAGUUAUGGCUUUGCAGUCGAACACAGGUUAGAGUUGCCGUCUGAAAUGGCAAAGGAAGGGGUAGAAAGUUUGAGUGAAAAGUAUUUGGAAUCAAUAAACAUUCUAAACCCAGUGCAAGUUAUUCAAUGACUAGCAUUCUGUAUAAAUUGCUAACUGACCCUGUAUUCACCACAAAACCUCUGGAGCAACUGAAUUACUGAGCCAGGAGCUCUCUCUCUCUCUCUCUGGCUUGUUGAUGUCUGAGUUAACAUCAUUUAGCUUGGACACUUUCUCCAUAAAGCCACUCUCCUUAGCAGGUAAGGAGGGAUGCCAAGUUUUAUAAUUAUCUGUUAUAUCUUGUUACAGAUGAAAGCAGGGUUUCACGGAACAGGAAAAUGGGACAUUUAAUGUUGCAGGCUCAUCCAGGAAUGCAGAGAUAAUCUCCAACUUAUUUUCAGUAAAGAAAUAAAGUAUUUUUUUCCACCAA